AUGCUGAGGAGCGCUCUGCUGUGCGCGGCGCUCGGGCUCCUGCGCGUGCAGCCCUUCCCCUGCCCACCCGCCUGCAAGUGUGUCUUCGGCGACGCGGCGCAGUGCUCGCCGGGCAGCGUGGAGCGCAUCGCCGGGCUCGGCCUGCCCACCAACCUCACGCACAUCUUGCUCUUCCAAAUGGGCCGCGGCGCCUUGCAGAACGACAGCUUCAGCGGCAUGACGGUCCUGCAGCGCCUCAUGCUGUCCGACAGCCACGUUUCCGCCGUUGCACCCGGCACUUUCAACGACCUGAUAAAUCUUAAAACUCUGAGGUUGUCGCGCAACAAGAUCCCUCACCUUCCAGGUGCGUUAUUGGAUAAGCUGGUGCUCCUGGAACAGCUAUUUUUGGACGGCAAUGAACUCAAGGGCCUUGACCAAAACAUGUUUCAGAAACUGGUUAACCUGCAGGAGCUCUUUUUGAACCAAAACCAACUCGCUUUCCUCCCUGCUAGCCUCUUCACACGCCUGAGGAACCUGAAAUUGUUGGAUUUAUCGGAAAACAAUUUGACGCAUCUGCCCAGGGAAUUGUUUGGGGCCCAGGUUAACCUUGAGAAACUUCUGCUCCACUCGAACCAUCUCGUCUCUCUGGAUUCGGGGCUGAUGGACAGCCUGCGCGCCCUGAUGGAGCUGCAGCUGGACAGAAAUCACAUCCGUUUCGUCGCACCCGGCGCCUUCGACCGGCUGCGAAGCCUGAGCUCUUUGACUCUUUCCAGAAACUGUCUCGAUUUUCUGCCCUCCGCCCUCUUUCUUCAUUUGCACAAUUUGACCCUCCUGACUCUGUUCGAGAACCCGCUGGAGGAACUCCCGAAGGUACUCUUCGGGGAGAUGGGCGGCCUGAGGGAGCUGUGGCUGAAUGGCACCCGGCUGCGCACCCUGCCCAGCGCCGCCUUCCGCAACCUGAGCGGCCUAGGGACCCUGGGGGUGACACUGAGCCCGCAGCUGAGCGCGCUUCCGGAGGACGCCUUUCAGGGCCUGGGCGAGCUGCGGGUGCUCGCCCUGCGCUCCACCGGCCUGGCCUCUCUCCCCGCGGGCUUGCUGCGCGGCCUCGGCCGGCUGCGCCACCUGUCGCUGCGCGGUAACGUGCUGCGGACCCUGCCCCGCGCGCUCUUCCGCAACCUCAGCAGCCUGGAGGUGGUCCAGCUCGACCACAACCAGCUGGAGACCCUGCCUGGCGACCUGUUUGAGGCUCUGCCCCGGCUGGCGGAGGUUCUGCUGGGGCACAAUCCCUGGCGCUGCGACUGUAGCAUGUGGCCUUUCCUGGAGUGGCUGCGGCGGCACGCAAACCUCGUGGGUCGAGCCGAGCCGCCGCGGUGUCACGGCCCCGGGCCGCGCGCCGGCCUGCCGCUCUGGGCCCUGCCUGCCGGAGAUCCUUGCCGGGAUCCGCGGAGCCCGCCUUCCCUCGGGUCCUCCCAGCCCGCUGUCCCUGGUCGCGCUGCCUUGCGGCCCAAUCGCUCCGAGUCCGGGGCGUGGGCCCAGCCGAUGCCCGAAGGCAAACAUCAAGACCGUAGCCUGUUCUGGGGUCUUUAUUUUCUGCUUUUAGGGGCUCAGGCCGUAAUAACCGGGAUCAUUAUGUUUGCUAUGAUUGAACUCGGCAGGCUCUUUCGGAAAUUAAUCAGAGACCGCGCUCUUGUUUGAGACAACGGGAAAAACUUGCAAUUAAUUAAAACGUGACCAGAGUAUUGUCAGACAUGGAUCUGGGGAGAGUCCAGAUCGUUUUCCUCUCCCUUCUUACUCCUCCUCCGCCUUUCCCACCUCCUUCACUCCAUCCCUCUAUCUCCCCCUCUCUCCCACCUCCCAGUCUCCCCGCCAACAGUAUCCUUUACUGUUGUAAAUUGGGACUGCCUGCUUGCCUCAGUUUCCCCCUCCACCGUGUGCUCCCGGGGGCUUGGACUGUGUCGGCCCCUCCUUGUGCCCUCAGCGCCGUGCGGGGCGGGAGACGGGUCUCUUCAGCGUGUACAGGGAGGGUGCAGAGGAGCCAGCCAACUCCAUGCCAGGGCCUGCCUCCCGCACCUGGUGGGUGACUGGUAAAU